AUGAGGAAGAAACUUUCUGCUCAAAGCCAAGUCACGGACACCCCAAUGAGAAGAUCUACCCGCUUGCAACAGGAGAAAAUGGAAGAAAAGUCAGCUCUGAGUGAACCUCAACGUGCCAGAAGAAGUCGAGCUGCUGACAUCCUCCAGCCCCGAGAAAGCAUCAAAGCUUACAAGAAACAGGUGGAUCCUACCCAGGACCCACCAGAUUCACCAGGAGUUCCUUCAGAUCCAGGAGCUCAGCUCGAUGUCGGGCAGCAAGUGGAAAAAGAUAAAGUGUCGCCCCCCUUUGUGAGGCUGAGGAGACUGGAGUUGAAGGAAGACCCUUCCCCUCAACCAGAGAGGGGAGAGGAGUUACAGAAACCAAACAUUCAGUGGGAGGUGGUGAAGGAUCAGCGGUCUCGGCUGCAAGUUCUGGACACCUCAAAGCCAAAAAGUGAUAGGGCCAGACAUCUGGAGGACACCACCACACCCAGCCCUCAAAGGCCAGUUGAAACCCGGAAGGAGCCAAGACAGGAGGCCUGGACUGGGUUCACCCCAAGAAUCAAGGUGCCCCCAAUGAGGAAGAUGGAGGCUUCCAAGCUGCCAUCGAAAGCUUUACCAGCACAAGGAGUCCGCAAGAAAUGGUCCAAGCCCAGCCUCCCUUGGUCCUCUCUCUGCUUCCUUCUCUUCUUCCUCAUCCUGACCAUUAGUGGCUGGUUCGUAUGGAAACACGGAAUCCCCGUCUCUUUCUUCCUCGGAUACGGCCCUUUGCCGUGGAAGGGCUUUGCAACGCUGUGGAGCGAGGGGGGAGAAUGCAGCGCGCAGUGCAGCCUGGUCCUCCUGGAGAGCAUCCCGGACAGCUUACAGUAUCCAUCUCCAAGUCCUCAAAACCCCACCAUUUACCAAGCUUGGGUGGACCUUCUCUCGGGAGCCAACAGCACCGUAGAGAUUGCGGCUUUCUACUUUACCCUGCGAGACUCCGAUUUACAUAUGGAGGACCCUUCCGCGAAGCAGGGCCUAGAUGUGUUCAAUUUGCUACGCAGCCUGCCUUCUCGGGGGGUAAAGCUCGAGAUCUCCGUGAAUAGCCCUCAAUUGUCAGAGGAGGACACCAACGAACUGGCCCGUCACGGCGCAGAUGUGCGGUAUGUGAAUAUGAAACAGCUGACAGGUGGGAUUGUGCACACCAAAUUAUGGGUGGUGGAUCGGAAGCACAUCUACAUUGGCAGUGCCAACAUGGACUGGCGUUCGCUCACUCAGGUGAAGGAGCUGGGGGUUGUGCUGUACAACUGCAGCUGUCUGGCUAAGGAUCUGCACAGGAUCUUUGCCAUGUACCGUAUGUUGGGGAAGGAGGGGGCCUCGAUUCCCACAACAUGGCCCACAGACCUUGCGGCAAAGUCCAGCCUGGAGGAACCCCAGAAUCUCCAACUGAACGGGGUAGAGGCCCAGGUCUACAUUUCGAGCUCCCCGCCAGCGCUGUGUUCAACCGGCCGCACGUCUGACCUCACCGCCAUUCUAAGCACCAUUGAAGAUGCAGAAGAAUUCAUCUAUAUUUCUGUGAUGGAUUAUGAACCACAGUGUUUAUUCUGUAAAUCUAAAAGGUUCUGGCCUGUCAUUGACGACGCGUUACGGACCGCAGCCUGCGAUAAACGAGUGAAGGUGCGUCUUCUCAUUAGCUGUUGGCAACACUCUAGACAAUCCAUGUUUGUCUUCCUGGAGUCCCUCAUGGUCCUGAGGAGGAAACCUCUCCACUGCCCCAUCGAAGUGAAACUGUUUGUGGUUCCCACCGAAGGGAAACAAAUUCCUUUUGCCCACGUUAACCACAACAAGUACAUGGUGACUGACCGAGUGGCUUACGUUGGUACUUCCAACUGGUCUGAAGAUUAUUUUCUCCACACUGCUGGAGUUGGGCUGAUCAUCAACCAGAGCAGCCUUGCCCCCGAAGCUCAGAGUUACACCUUGCGUCAGCAGCUGGUGGAGGUUUUCCUUCGAGACUGGGAAUCUCCAUACACUCUCUUGCUCGAAGACCACUGGAAAUGUACGGAGAUGUGAAGAGAGCGAGGGUCUUGCCUGAAGAAUUGGUCCUAAGCCCAGUCUUGCUCAGAUCCCUGGUCACAGAAGCCUUCUUUGUCACAUCCGGUGGUUUAAGAGUUCUUGGCAUGCUUUUAGGAAAAAAUUUGGGCUGCUUGCAUUCUUAAGCUACUGCCUUUCUGUGUUCAAAAACUCUCGGCGGAUCAGGGCCAGAGAAGGAACACCGUUGCUAACAAUACUUCUGGGCUCCAAGAUGCUCCAGAAGCUGAAGGACCAGGUUAGGGACAGAUCAUCAUGGAGAAAACCUAUCUAUGUGGUCGCUAAGAGUCGACCACGACUUUAUGGCCCUCAGUCAGUCAAUCAAUCAAUCAAUCAAUCAAUCCAAAAGUCGUAGUGUCCAAAAUCCAGGUGAGACUCUAUGGUCCUCCAGUUGUACGCUGGCCAAUGGUGAGGAACAGGAAGCCCACAGAGAUCUUUCUGCCUUCUGCAUAGCAGCCAAAAAUAUCAGCCUGGAGCUGAACUCAGGUGGGAGAAGAGGGGAAAGACGGGGAAGGGGUUUGCAGAUCUUUCUCAGCAUGGAGGGAAGCGAGCCAUCUCAACUGCCCAUCCAGUGUUUCGAAUGGGAAGAUUUUACUUCUCUGGCAGACCAGAGAUCCAAUUCGUGCCACAGCAACUCUGAAGAAGCUGAUAAGAUGGGGAGCGAUCUGGAAGGAAAGUGGCCCCAGGAUCCAGUUAAAAAUCCUUCCCCAGGCUUGGAAGACUUAGGGAAAAUAGGACCUUUUCCUUGGGGCAUAUUUUGGGGAGAUUUGGCAUUUGGGGGGCAUAUUUGGAAUUGGGAGGCCCUCCUUGACCUACUGGCAUAAUACGAGUCCAAAUCUGGUAUCUUUGGGGCAAACGUUUAAGCGAAAUCCAAGCCAUCUUCCACAUAGGUGUUCAUAGGGGCAGAGCGAAGAAUAAAUUAAGCAUCUCAGUUCCUUUGGAAGCUCUUUCAAAUGUGGACGUUGGUCUGAAGACCGAUAGGUGCUAUAUGUGAUGGCUUUCUCAAUCUCCUUUCUUGCCCUUCCCUUGCUGCUUCACUGAAUUUUGGAAGUAGAAUUGCCAAAACUUAGCAGCGUUUGGAGACAAGAAAUACACAAAAAUGGUAGUACUCCAAAAGUUGGCGGGGGGAGGAAAAUAUUGCCCACCCUGCUUUGUGGGGAUUAUAAUCCUGCUCCCUGUGGUCUUCGUCUUCUUCCCCAGAAAAAUAUUCUUUAAAUUACCUAUUUCUUUUUGGAAACUUGAAAGCGCACUUCUGAUUUACCGCUCCUGAGGUCUGUCAUGUUGAGCUGGUCAGGUUGGCAACGUACACAGAAUUACCUUCCUAUAGAUAUUUUCCUUCCUGGAACUUAAUUGUGUGGUGUGUGUGUAAAUACACACACACACACACACACAGAGUAUAUAGCAGUUCAGCUGUGGCUUUCACUUCCUUGUGUUGAAUACCUUUGAUAAGGAACUGGGAUCAGUUAUAAAUGGAUGGAAAAAAACUCCAAUAUCUGGGCCGCAAUAAUCUAUCUGAUCACUAGAAGGCAGCAAAAGAAUCCAGUGGUUUUAAUCUCUCUCUGGUGUCUUCUAGUGGUGGUUUCUGAUUCCUGCAGCCCAGAAAUGAUAGUCCGAUUAUCUCUUACUGCCAAGAUCUAUUGAAAUCUCUCAUUUAUGGAAACUCAGGGAUUGUGUUUGGGAUGGGGAAUUAUGUGCCUUAAUCUGUAUGUGCUAUAACCAAUGGGAAAGUCCAUCCCAUUGCAAUGUGGAGAAAAGGACAUAGAUUGGCAGAGUUUAUUUUUGAUAUGUCAAAUCAUUUUUAUAAUAAAUGAGUUUUAAAUGUAA